AUGUGGAACCAGUUGGCAUUACAGUCUGAUCAAUAUUGGAUUGGACUGACAACAACUUUAUUAUUUUGGAAGAGAUCAGGUCUGGUUAUCAGUCUUGGAGUAGCGCUGUUCCUAUUGGUGACCUCAAUCAUUGCUCUGACAAUUUUACUAGUGAAAAAUAGAAGAUAUGCAAAAGAGAUCACAUCUUUUAGAAUGAAUAAUGACAAAAAUUCAGCCAAGCAGAGGGUUACAACUGCAAAAGACACAUCUCAUCGUCAAAACUACCAUACCACCGACGACAACAAUGACCGCUUCCAAUAUUCUCAGCUAGGACCACCAAUUAACCCAGAAAUGUCCAACUCAACAUACACAUCGCUCAUUCAGAAGAAUGUGGACGAUGUUUACUAUAGUCCAAAUCUUAACCUACCACCGUACCUUUAA